UCGCGUACUCUCGCUAUGGCGUGUUACGUGUAGUACGUAAAUACAAUCGUGUUGUGGGUAAAUUAAUAAUUAUUAAGCGACUGAUUUAAUGUAAACGUGCUCAGGGUUCAGUCGUGAUAAGAAGGAACAGAUUAAUGACAGACGACUUUUUGCAAAAUUGUGAGGCGAUUUUGCAUUCAUUAUUAAAUCCGAAUGAAUGACUCUGUUGCGGAAUCAUGACAGAUAAAAAAGAAAAAUACCCAUCGACGUUCACAGUCGACAAUUUCAGUUCAACCGCCAAACUAGCCGACAAUGAGUACAAAAUUCCAGUUGGUAGUGUUGAUACCCUUAACGAGAAAGAAUAUGACCCUUAUGAACACAGAAAUGUUGAACAUCCUAAUACGUUUUCCGGAGCGUUGAUGCAUUUACUGAAAAGUUCUUUAGGAACUGGCAUUCUAGCCAUACCUAGUGCCGUAAAAGCCGCAGGGAUCAUUAUAGGUGUCAUAGGAACUGUUCUCAUUGGGAUUCUCUGUGCCCACACCAUACACUUACUGAUUUUUGCAUCCCAAAAAAUAUGCAAAACGGCCAAGGUUCCCAUGCUAGGAUUUUCGGAAACAGCGCAUGCUGUCUUUAAAUACGGACCAUCAAAAUUUCAGCCAUUGGCCAACUUUGCUAGAAUAUUUGUGGAUGUAGCUUUACUCUUAACCUACUACGCUGGCUGUGCAGUCUACGUUGUGUUCAUCUGUGAAAACAUCCAAGACCUGGUUAAUUAUUAUCACCCAUCUGUGAAAGACUGGGCCAUACAGUAUUAUAUGCUAAUGCUUUUAGUCCCUCUAGCUAUCUGCUGCCAAGUUCGAGAACUAAAACACUUAGUUCCGUUCUCCAUAAUCGCAAAUACAACUAUGAUCAUAGCUUUUGGUAUCACCCUGUACUAUAUGUUUGCUGGAAUUGGUGAUAUCGACAUUGAGGACAGAAAACUUUUCAACGACGUUUCUUUAAUUCCUUUAUUCUUCAGUACUGUACUUUUUGCUAUGGAAGGCAUUGGGACCAUGUUACCCAUUGAAAAUUCGAUGGUUAAACAACAGUUCCUGGGUUGCCCUGGCGUUCUUAAUAUUGCCAUGAGUGCUGUUGUGACUCUUUACACUGUCAUCGGUCUCUUCGGUUACCUUAGAUUUGGGGAUGCCCUAGAGGCCAACGUAAUUGCCAAUUUACCAGAUGAAGAAAUACCUGCCCAAAUUGCAAAGAUGUGCAUUGCCGUUGCUGUUUUCUUCACGUUCAUGUUGCAAUUCUACGUACCAUGUGAUAUAACUUGGAGGAAAAUAUCUUCUAAAAUUCCAGAAAAGUUCCAUAAUAUUGGUCAGAUUAUUUUAAGGAUAAUAUUAGUGAUUUUUAUUGUUGCUAUCGGUGCUGCUGUUCCAAAACUUGAUGCCAUUAUAUCUCUAGUAGGAUCAAUAUUUUUCUCCACACUUGGACUUUUUAUUCCGGUUGUUAUUGAUACUAUUUUGAAUUUAGGAGAUACUGGAGAUUUUGGAGUUAUGAAGUGGAGGUUAUGGAAGAACAUUCUGGUUUCUAUAUUGGCGUGGUUUGCCUUGUUUUCAGGCAGUUACUAUGCAAUUGAUGGAUUAAUUAAUGAUUGAAAUAAUACUGAAAUUUAAUUAUAUAUCACUACUUUUAACAAUAAGUUAUGUAUUUUGUAAAAAAUGAUCGAAACCUUAAUCCCUUAAGUGAUUAUUCAAAUUUUUUUCAAAAAAGGUGACAAUUAAAAAUUACUUUCACAUAGGUACCACAUUUUACAGAAAUGUUUCUUUAGACACUCCCUUCAACACGUAUUUAGUAUUACUGUAGAUUUUCAAAUUACACAAUUGGUGUUUAACGAUGCAUGCUUUAAAUUUAUCCUAUGAUUUAUGAAAUUCACGAGGACACUCAGUGUCAAAUUCUGUUAUUCAUAUAUUUUAACAAAAAUGCAGCGGUUCUUGUGUUGUAAAAUUAAGAGUAACCGGUUUUGUGGAUACGUGUGAUCAAACAAGUUAAACAAAGUGGAAAACAUGUUUAACUAUCGUAUUUGUAUAAUCUGAGUUGUCAAAAAUUGCCAAAAGAAAAAACUACUCAAUAACCGAGUAAUAUGUGAGUUUGAUAAGAAAAAACUGGUUUCAAACCAUAAUCGUAUACAUUAUGAAUUGCUUAACUUUACACUUGUCUUCUCCGAUCUGCUUAUGAAACUGAUCUAGUCAUAGAAGUAUAAAAUUGAAUCAUGUGUGAACAGGUAUGUCAAAAAAAAUCGCCCCGUCUUGUCAAAAUUGCUGGAUUUAAUUUACACUUUCUAUUGCACUACUGUUUUUAAUAAAUGUGUUGUGAUAUUAUUUGCCAAAAAAAAAAAACAACACGUCUCUAACAAGAUGAUAGUUCUUUGGCAUACUGUACAUUCCAAAUAUAUGUAUAUUAUUAUUAUUACCCACAUUUGGUCAGCUUUAAAUGUUAUAUUAUUUUUUUCUUUGAUGUUUUUUCUGUAAAUAGUUCUCACCUAUAACUAUUUAGCUUAAACGCCACUAAAGAAAACUACAGUCGCGACCAGAAAAUCUUGGACGUCAAUGUUAUUUCCCAAAGUUUAAAACACCUUUAAGUAUUGAAACCAUGGAACUAUGUAUAUAUGACAGAAGGGAGCGUCUCUUCAUAUUACAUACAUACUAACACUGGAUGCAAUGUGAUAGGAAAAUUGAUAAUCUUCCAAACUGCAAACGUCAACGUGACAGAAAAAUGACGUCCAAGAUUUUCUGGCCGCGAUUAUAUACUGUAUAAUUACUAGAUGUUAUGAAUUCAUAAUACAGGUACCCAAAACCGAGUUCAAUAACAAUAAUCUUAUGCGACUAGCAUUGUAAAUAUUUUAAAAGACUUGUUUCUAGGAAGUACAAUUAAAAAGUAACAAAUGAACUUCAUUGUUCUGUGAUAAUAUGUAUGUUUUUUUAUCAACACGGCACUUUCAAGCUAUCGUAAAGUUCUGCAACACUUUUACAAGAAAGGUCCUCUAAUAUUAUUGUUAUCAACGCCAUCAUGAAAGGUAAUGUUAACAAUGAGAUUACAUAAAAAUGAUUUUGAAACUCAGGUUCAAUUGUCGUAUCUCGCACUCAAUGUAGAUAUUACAUACCCAGCAAUCUUUUUAUUUUUUGUUUAAUGAAUUUUACGAUUCUGCAAUAGUUAUUUAUGUAGCUAGUGUGCGAAGUGAUACCAGGCGCUAGCCGAAUUAAAAAAUUAGUCAAGAAAAGCUAAAGGUUUCGCGAACAAGGUAGAUAAAAAAAUAUUGUACCACUAUAUUUUAACAAUAAAAUAAUUUAACGGAAA